GAGCGCCGUAUGAUACGCAAGAUGGACUGGAUGAUACUGCCGCCGUUGGCAUUUAUGUAUCUAUGUAACGCCCUUGAUAGAGGAAACGUCGGAAACGCAAAAACUGAUGGUUGGGACAAGGACAUCGGUUUGACAGGCAAUCAAUAUUACGUGCUUGUGAUGGUUUUCUAUGUCCCGUUCUGCCUAUUUGGUACCCCCAUCAGUCUUCUCGUGAAACGAUACAGCGCUGCUCGCGUGCUCCCAAUUAUGAUGUUUGGAUUCGGCGCGAUGGGACUAUGCACCGCGGCGGCGAAGAACUUUUCAGAAGUCUUUGCGCUCCGGUGGUUCCUGGGUACCUUCGAGUCUGCUAUGCUCCCGGGCGUUGUCUUCUACCUCUCCACGUUUUACAAGAGAGACGAGCUAGCUUCACGAGUCGGCAUCUUUUACGCCGCGGCCUCUAUCUCUGGCGCUUUCUCAGGUCUGAUCGCGUUUGGUGUCUUUCAGCUGAAGAACUCGAAGUAUCAUGGGUGGCAGUAUCUGUUCUGGAUCGAAGGCGCUGGAACGAUCCUUUUCUCCGUCUUCGCGUUCUUCUGGCUGCCCCGCUCGCCCGCGACCACGCGCUUCUUCACCGCGCGCGAGCGGCUCAUCGCCAAAGCGCGCAUCCUGUCCGACUCCUCCACCGCCAUCGACGAGCGCCUCUCCUUCCGCGACGCCUUCCGCCCGUUCACCGACUGGCGCUACGGCGUCUGGGCGCUCAUCUCGCUCUCGCUCGGCGUCCCGCUCGCGAGCGUGAACAACUUCCUGCCGCAGAUCGUGCAGAGCCUCGGGUACUCGACCGUCAAGACGAAUCUGUACACCGUCGCGCCGAAUAUUGCGGGCACGGUUGUGCUGCUGAUCAUGACGUUCUCGUCGGAUUAUUUCAGGGAGCGGUCGAUACACAUAUGCGUGCCGCUCGCGAUCGGCCUGGUCGGGUUCAUCAUCCUCGGCACGAUCGACGUGCUCGCGCACCGCAACGUCGCGUACUUUGCGUGCUUCCUGCUCUGCAUGGGUGCACCCGCGCCGUCCGUGCUGACGUCGUCGUGGUACUCGAACAAUACGACGAACGAGAGCGGCAGGGCGGUCGUCGCCGCCGUGAUGGUCGGGAUCGCGAAUUCGUCGGGCCUGAUAUCGGCGAACGUCUUCCGCGCGCAGGAUGCCCCGAAAUACGUUCCUGCGUUGAUCACCUCCGCUUGCUUCGGAGGCAUCUGCAUCGUUCUCGUCGCAUCACUAGGAAUCUAUAUGCGGCUGGAGAAUAGAAGGCGGGACAAGGAGCAGGGCCUGAAGCUCACGUCUGCGCAGGUGGACACGGAAGUGCUGGGCCAGGGCCCCGCCUCUCCGCUAUUCCGUUAUGUGUAUUAAUAGACUGGCUGAGGAGAGGAGGCAAUCGAUCUUAUCGCUUUGUGUGUAGGAUCUGAGUCGAAACGGAAGCUUGCGACGGUUGGC